AUGGCCGAAAAGUCUGAAAAGAAAGCGCCGAAAGCUCCCAAGCAGAUAGACUUCAUCGUAACGACCUCUGAUCCGAAGAACGAUGCGAACAAUAAGAAGAGAGUACGAAGUGUAGCAGCGCUGAAGUCCUGGCCGGAACGAAGGAAGAAGAUCUUUGAGCAGUUGGAGAAUUCUGGAACUGGACAAGGAGCUUUCGUCGUUAACGAGCCUGAGCCCGAACGUCAGGUCAAACGAGUUGCUCGGAAAAAGGCCGAGAGCGCGCAAUCUUCUCGCAGCGAUGGGCCUUCCGCUCCGCGAGUGCCUCCUGGACUGCCGGACCAACCACGCCAUGCACCGAUGCCAAUAGUGUUCGACGAGUCGAGUCGGACCAGCAGCUACAGCACUGGUGGGGCGAACGUCGAUUUCACGCAUCGUCAACAGGACGAUAUAUCUGCCGACUCUGCAGUGACGCUCUACCGCCGAACAUUACCGACAUUACCUCUCCCUGCCUUGCCCUCGCCAGACCACCAUUUGCACCAGGGCCUUAUACCGUGCCCAUGUACUCAAUGUCGAGAUGUACGGAGGAGAGAAGCGCUUGCCAAUGAGGAUGCUACAGGAACCACGCAGGAAGUCAGCCGAACCCGACCAAAGCGUAUGGCAGAUGGCUCUGAGAAGGUUCCCCGCUAUAGCAUGCCGUUACUGACGCCUCCUGCCUCGCCCGGAGUCGGACCAGGUCGAGGAGUCGGCGACCCCUACAAUUGCUAUCCGGUCGAGUACCAACCUUGGUACGAUGAGAUUCUGCACCACAUGAUGACCGUCUACGCACCCCGCGGCUGGCCCGCGCUUAAGAUUACCAAAGACCAAGGCAUCCGCUGGGAAUGGUUCAUGACGCAGAACGCCCUCUCCGAACCCGCUCUCUUCUACGUGCGACUCCUCUUCGGCUCCGGGGACAUGGUCCGACUCGGCACAAUGCGGCCGCAAUACAUGUACUGGCUGCACGCCAAAGCCAUCACCGCAAUGCAAGAGGCUCUCCACGACCCUCGUCGCGCCACAUCUGAUGCGAUGAUUCUGGCCGUGGGUCGUGUCGCGUUGCACGAGUUUAUGUAUGGUAACAAGCAGGCCUCGAUCAGGAUGCAUCGCCCCGCACAGAAGCAUAUGAUCGAAUUGAGGGGUGGGAUGAGGAGCUUGCCGUUCCCGGAUCUGGUGAAGAGGUUGAUGAGGUGGAGUGAUGAGAUUAUGGCGGUUGGAAGCGAGACUCCGAGGAUGCUUGAAGAUGAUACGAAGAACCCGAAUUUUACGUUGAGAGAGAGUGUCAGUGCAGUGGAGAGGUGGGCGCCGCAUGAGAUGCCGAGUGUUCGCAGCAAGAUCAACAUUUCGGAUUUGAUCAAUGACGAGGACGACGAUUAG